AUGACAAUCACCACCACCACCACAGCCAUUGUCGCCCAGGAGCCAAAGACCAUCGGCCAGCCGGUCUGGUCCUUGGAAGAGAUCGCCAUCGACACCCCAGGAAACCAUGAAGUCCUGGUCGACAUCAUCGCUACGGGCGUCUGCCAUACGGACUUGAUCUUCAGCGCAAUCCCGACAGGCACCCUGGGCACACAGUAUCCUCGCAUCGUGGGUCAUGAAGGUGCUGGCUACGUCCGCUCCGUCGGGAAGAACGUCACUUCCGUGCAGAUCGGGGACCCGGUGCUCCUCUCCUUCGACUCCUGUCGAUCGUGUGAGCAGUGUGUGGAAGGUCACCCAGCUUACUGUCACUCGUUUGCGGUGAAGAAUUACGUCGGCCAGCCGGGUCGUGUCCCGUUGCGGUCCGGACCGACCGUGGCCCGCCAUUUCUUUGGACAGUCCAGCUUUGCGCGGACCACUGUUGUGUCCGAGGCAACCGUGGUGAACGCGAAGGACCUGAUCAGGAGCGAGGACGAACUGAAGCUGUUUGCGCCGCUGGGGUGUAGUUUCCAGACCGGUGUCGGGGCGAUAACCAAUAUCUGCAAUGCAUCCUCGUCCGACAGCGUGAUGGUGAUGGGGGUGGGUGGAGUGGGAAUGGCGGCUAUCAUGGCGGCCAAAAUCCGCGGCUGCAAGGCCAUCAUCGCCGUAGACCGGGUCCCAAAGCGACUGGAACUUGCGCAAGAGCUCGGUGCGACAAACGUCGUCAAUACCUCGGGGGAGAACUUUGACUUGGCCAGCGCGGUCGGCAGUCUUGUCGAAAGUGGUCCCUCGAUCGUGAUUGACACGACCGGGUCGCCUUCUCUGAUCGAAGAGGGCUUCAGGAUCACCCGUCGGCGAGGAAAAUUCAUCUUCGUGGGUGUGCCACCGCUCGAAUGGGGUUUGCAUGUCCGCGCCAGUCAGCAUAUUAAUACCGGUGUAUCAUUGAUCGGCUGUAUCGAAGGGGACUCGGUACCGACAAAGGCUAUCCCGCAGAUGAUUGAGUGGUACCGCCAUGGGAAUUUUCCAAUCGACAAACUAGUCACAUUCGUAGCGGCGGAGGAGUAUCAGCGAGCAUUGGCAGGGCUGCACGACGGGACGAUCAUCAAGCCGAUUCUCGUCUGGGGACCUCAGAAACAGUCUUCCCUCGGUGUCCAAUAG